AUGAAAAAAUCUUUAAUAAAUACAAAAUUACCAAUUGUUUCUUCAUAUAAUGAUUUACAAGUAAAUCUUGUAACAAUUGGUGUUAUUACAUCAAUUCAAGAAUAUGGUUUACUUGUUAAAUUAUUUGGAGAUUUAUGUAGUUUAGUUCCUGGAAAAGUGACAUUUGGUAGUAAAUUAGUACCAGUACCGGCUGAUUUUUCCAUUGGAAAAGUAAGUCAUUUCAUUGUUUUUGAUUGUAUAAAAGUAAAUUUUUGCUUAGAACGUCGACGAAAACCCAUAACAGUAACAUUAACACGAUAUCAUACAUCAGAUUUUGUUGAACAUCAAUCUGCAUUAAUGCGUUUGGAUUUAUCAUCAAAUAAAGAUAAACAACGUGAUGAAAUCUAUUGGUCUCAUUUAUCUUAUAUAAAUAUUUCUAUGAAAAAAAUUUUAAGUGUUGAUCAAAAUAUUUUUGAAUAUGGUCUUUUUAUUGAUUUACCAAAUACAAUUAUCGCAUUUGCUCCACAUAAACAUCUCGAUUUACAUGGAAUAUUAGAAAGUAUAGAUAAAAAAUAUCGAAAUGGUAAAACAGUAUUCGUACGAAUCUUACAAUUAGAUGAAGAAAAAAAUCGUUGUAUUGUCUCACUUAAAUCAUUAAUAUAUGAUGGUCCAUUAUCAAAAUUUUUUCAAGAAAUAAAUCAAUGGAUUGGUUUUAAAUGUCGAUGUUUAAUUGAAAAACGUCUUGAUGAUUGGUUUAUAGGUCGAUUAGAAAAUGGUCUUCCAGCUAGUUUACCAUAUGAUCCACAUUAUUCUACCGGAGAUUCAAUUGAAGGUUAUAUUAUUGAUUUUAAUUUACCAUCAGAACAAUUUGUCAUUACAAUUGAUCUUAAAAAACCGAUUAAAUAUUCAAUAGAUUCUUCGCAAACAUUUCCACAAUGUACAAUUCUUUGUCAAUUACCAUCAUAUGCUUUAGCGAUAACUGAACAUUCAAAUCAUCUUAUUCAUUUACCAAAAUUUUCUGAUUUAAGUUCAAUCUUUCGAAUCCAUUGA